UUGGAUCUUGUUGACACAAAGAGACCUUUCCCAUACUUGUGGCAAAACCCAUAGGGUACAAGAGCAGCUUUGCUUCUCUCUUUCAACUUCUGCUCAGAGUUGCUGCUGUCGCUGUCACAGCCGUUUUGUUGUUCCUGCUCCACCCCUUAUCUAAAGCCUCCAGCUGGAUAGCCAAGCGAGGGAAAGCAACAGCUCUCACAGGGCCAGAUGCAGAUGCAGAGAGCAGGUGGAAGGACACCUCUGGAAAGAAGACCGCCUACCACCAACCAACUCCAACAGCAUGGAGCAAGGCUGGAGAUGGAUUGCCACCUUUUUGGCCCUGGUGCUUUGGGCCUCUGGCUCAUCUCAGGGGGAUGCUGGGAACUGGGGGCCUUACUUCAGCAACAAAGUUUCAUUUCUACAGAAAGAGAACAUCUCAUACCCCAAGUGUUUCACAGAGAAAAUGGAAGAGCUGGCUUGCUUCUGGGAGACAUCCAGCAAUGCUGAUGAACAGAACAAUCGAAGCACUUACAGCUUUGGCUACAAGUAUGGGGAAGACAAAUACUUGACGCUGUGCAAUUUGACUCUGGAGUACACACCUUGGAACACAACACGCUAUACUUGCUUCUUUCCACGGGGAGAUGUUUCGGCCUUUGCUCCCAUAGAAAUAAAGGUCUUUGAUGAGACAAACCGCACCAUAUAUAGCAGAAGAGACCUCUAUGUCGAAAGGCUAAUUUUAUUGGAUCCCCCCUCCAACCUGACAGUGCAGCUGCUGGAGUCAUCACAACUGUUGAAUGUGAGCUGGUUGCCACCUCCGGUUACAAACAUGGACAGCAACCUGCACUAUGAGGUCUCCAUCUCCCCUGAGGGUUACGAGACCCACCGGGUGGAGACUACCAUUGGGCAGACAUAUCACCUUGUGAAUCUGAAAAGUGGGAUUCACUACACUCUGGCAGUGAGGGCCAAGGCUCGAGGAUCCUAUGAUGGCUACUGGAGUGUCUGGUCACAAUCUGUGUCAGUAGUGAUACCCAGCGAUCUGGAUCCCCUCAUCCUGACACUGUCACUCAUUCUGGUGUUGAUCGUUCUGAUCUUGGCUUUCAUCACUCUCAUGUCCAAACACAGAUUUUUGAAGCAGAAGAUGUGGCCUGUAAUCCCUUCUCCAGAGCAUGAAUUCAAGGACCUUUUCACAAUCUACAAAGGCAACUUCCAGCUUUGGAUGGGACAUCAGAGUGCCUACCUGUGGUGGAGCCAAAACUCGCCCUAUUUGGAGGAGCAGCCCUUCCUGGUGGAGGUCCUGUCUGACUGUGAUGGCCGGAAGAGGGAUGGCCCUCGCCUCCCUCCUCCGCUUCCCCCCAAGACACGCAACAUUGUGGAGCUCCCUCAAACUUCAGAAGUAUUCCAGGGUGACUACCUUGUCUUGGAUGAAGAUCUUGUGCCCUGCUGCCUUGGUGGGGAUGCUUCCCUGCUCUUGCUGGACAGUGACAGCAGUGAGGGCCUGGACCCAGCCCUUAGUGGAGGAACAAGGUCCCCGGAACUCAGCCAAACAUCCUCCAGCUUUGAGUACACUGUAUUCGACCCUAGUUCAGAAAGCCUCUGUCCUCAGGGUCAUCCCAAGGCGGAGGAGGUCCAGCUCAAGAGCAGCUACCAGAUGGUGUCUGACUCUGGGAUUUCUGCUGACUACAGUCUUUCAGAGUCCAGUCCAGGCCAAGCAAGCUUAUACACCAACCUCUGUGAUGGUGGGCCAGAGCCAUUCUUGCCUACCUACAUUGUGUGCUCUUAGUGGUGAUGGUGGCGAGCACACAGCUAGGCAGCUUGGCCAAGGAGAAAUGAGGCAAGGAGAUAAGUAGCCCCAGAGUCUGGCACCUCUUCCCCUCCUUCUAGUGGGAACUAAACUCUAGUGGGAACAACUCGGGGCCACCUCAGAAGCUCCAGCUUGCACUGAUGGAAGGAAGAGAGGUUUACAAACCAGAUGGAGAGGUGAUGGUGAAUGGGCAGUAAAUGGACAAAGGGCACAUAGCACAAGGAAAAUACUUAGGACAUAUUUGGUCCACGAUUAAACUUUGAGCCAGCAAACAGGACAUUUGACAUGAAAAGCACUGCAGUGUCUUUACCUUGGAACCACAGAGGCAAACCUGUUCUGUAAAGCAGGCCAACUUUGUCUGAAACAAUGUGUCCCAUAGGACUCUGUGGGCAUGGCCCGGGAGGUUUCCAGAUAGACAAGACUUCCAGGGCUUGAGCAGGGCUUGAAAAAUUCAGUGCUGGCUGAUGGAGCAGCUGUAGUCUCCGAAUGCCAUUUUUUCCCAGCCUUGAGGCACAGAGCCUGCUUGGAAACUGGAAACUCUCUGAGUAACAGGUGAACCAGCCAGGUAAAUCAAUUCACCCUUCACAACUGGAGGAAAUUCUUUUGAUACUACACCAGCAAGCAAGAAGGUCUAAACUUUCCUUUGGCUCCAUCUUUUGGUCUAUAGGCCUAUGUUAAAAAUAAGUUUUCAUGCUGUGUUAUAAAACCAAGCCUCAAAUGUUGCUUAAGUUUGUGGGCCUGAGACUGAAGACUUGAGGAAACUUCUUCCAGCCUUGGAAAGAAAGAGUGGAGUUCAGGAACAGAGAAGAACAUGCAAGAGUUCCUGGAAUCCUGGAGUCCUCCAUUGUGCUACAGAUCAAAGUGUGCACUAGGCUUUCUCAUCUGUAGAAUGAGGAUAGGGGGGGGGGGACAAAACAAAACGAUUCACAUGUUAAGGGUCUGUCUGUUUGAAUAAGCACAGAAACCCUGGAAGAGAAUCCUCCAAAUUUGAGGAAAACUGUAUAAGUAUUCUGUCUGCUGUUUACUCUCUUACACUGGGUUGAUUAUGUAGGAAUAGAUGAGAAGAUUACUGUUAUUUGUUCAUCUGAGUGUGUUCACAAUCUUCGGAUAACACUAGACAAGACCUUGAACUUUCCCUCCUGUUUUUAAACUAUUUUUCAAAGGAGUGGACCAGACCAACAUGAGACAAUUGGUGUGAAACUACACAUUUCAACACUAGGACUAUAAUUUCAUUUUCACAAAUAGGUCUAUAUACAGUUUUUUUAAUUAUGAUUAAGAAUUCAGACUGGAAUUGGACAUAGUUUUAUAAACAUUUCAUUAACUUUUUUAAAAAAAAUAAAUGUAUAGUUUUUUAAAAUAAACAAAUAAA